CGCAAACGAGUAGGAGGCUUUGGGCGCUGUUCCUGACGUAGAGAGGUAGACGCCUACACUACUCUGGAUAUCUAUGGCUGAGGAGCAGUCUAGCGACCUCUUUUAAUAACAUGGAUUUUAGACCGACAUUACAUCGUUUUUGUGGUCAUCGUCAGCGCGUAGGCCUUCGUCGUGAAGGCGAUCGCACGGCGGGUGUGAUGUCCCUCUGGUGUGCUGGAUUGUGACGCGAGGACGGGCUCGCUGAGCAGCCUAAUGGACAGUAUCGAUAAGUUAGCUACCAGAGCCUGACUAGCCUCUUUAUGCAGUUUAGGGACGUCGCUGUCUCAUUUGGUUGGCCCUGCCGGCUUCUGUAUUUGCUGACUGGAACUGGAUAUCACUCUGGAGUGUGUCGUAACAUCACCAUUACUAACAGACAACAGUAUUUACUCCUCUGGAGCGAGGAAGUCCAGCUGCGUCAGGCUAGCUGAAGAUGAUGAAGACGAAACCGGAAGUUGGGUGAUUAUGCUUUCACAAUAAAGGCGCCCAAAAUAUUAGUUUUGACUUUGAGUAAUGGCGUUUGUGAUUAGACAGAGCCUGUAACGCUGAAGGAAAACGGCAGCCAAGUGUUUAUUAACACCAAAAGUCUCCGUUUUUUUUACUACCGCGGUACACUGCAAGAUACCUAAGGCUUCAUAGGUUUUAUUUUGGAAGCUUUGAGCGGAAGCCGUGCCUCAUUCUGCUGUGUUUGACGCUGGUUGGAAGAGGGAUGUGGCCAGGAUGUAUUUAUGCUGCUGUUCAAGAUAUGAAAGUCAUUGAAUCGGCGCUGCUUCGGGAGCCGUGUUUCACCGCCGCACACAGCGGGGGUUACGACAGUGUCGCUGCCUGUCACAGUGCCUGUUGUCGGGGGUCGAAAACUGCGAACGCGUCCGAAGCUGCUGUGCUGGUUUCAUCUGGACGGGACUAUUUCCAUGAAGGCUUCUCACCCUCAAGCCCAAACACUUUGUGUGCGUAAUAAAAGUAUGUGAAUCGAUACAGUCAUAUAGUUGACUUUUUUAGUUAAUUAUUUUCCAGGACUUUUCCUCCCCCCCUUUUUAUUUUUUUAUUUGACAAAUGUCAACAACUCAGCGUCAAGUAAUGAUGGAGUCCUCUCUAGCUCUCGGCCGACUGGAACUGACCCCUAGUUCAGCCGCUGUUGGGGUCAGCAGGACCCCGCGGCUCUCCGGCGGUCCCCCCGCCAAAGAGAAGUGCGGCCAGCGGCAACUGGGGCCACUCGGCCCGGCUCACCUGAACGGCUGUGUCCCACUGUCACAUCAAGUGGCAGGUCACAAGUUUGGAGUGGAUAAAGUGGGUAUUUUGCAGCAUCCAGAUGGAACAGUCCUGAAGCAGCUUCAGCCUCCACCCAGAGGUCCACGAGAGAUGCAGUUUUACAGCAUGGUGUAUGCAGAGGACUGCUGUGAUCCAUGCCUUUUUGAGCUCCAGAACCAUCUGCCCAAGUACUAUGGUACCUGGUCCUCUCCUGACAGCCCCAAUGACUUGUACCUGAAGCUGGAGGAUGUGACCCGGCGCUUCGUCAAGCCGUGCAUCAUGGAUGUGAAGCUGGGCCAGCGGAGCUACGAUCCGUUCGCCUCGCAGGAGAAACGGGAGCAGCAGAUCAGGAAAUACCCACUGAUGGAGGAGAUAGGCUUCCUGGUCCUCGGCAUGAGGGUGUACAAGGUGUGCAGUGACACGUUUGACUCGUACGACCAGCACUACGGGAGGGGACUGGUUCAGGACACCAUUAAAGAUGGCCUGGCUAAAUUCUUCCAUAACGGUGUUAGUCUGAGGAAGGAUGCAGUGUCAGCCAGCAUCUGCAGAGUGCAGCGUAUCCUCCGCUGGUUUGAGUCCCAGCACCAACUGACCUUCUACGCCAGCUCCCUUCUCUUUGUCUACGAGGGCCUGCCCUCGUCUUCCUCUUCCCUUUCUUCCCCUUUUAGCACCCCUUCAAUCGGCCCAACCACGGGGAAAACUGCCACAUUGUCAUCGCCGAGUGACAGCAGCCGUGGUGGGGAGGGGAAAGCAAGGCAGGAAGGGGCAGGGCAAGAAGAGGAAGUGGCAGAGUACAACAACAACAAUAUUCAGGUGUCCGUGCCCUGGGACUACAGCCUGGCCACCAUUUACACCAACCACACAAAAGGUGGCCACCACCACUGUGCCAAGGGUCAUCUCCAUGGCAACAGUGAAGACGGCAAUGCUGUGGAGACGACAGUGAGCUCGGUUUCUGGAGAUAACCUCUCAGCACUGUGUGAAGAAGACAACUCUGCAUGGAAACGGACAGGUGAGCCGCAGCAACCGCCAAAUGGAAACGGAAACAAAUCACAACUGGAAGGGAAAGACGAGGAUGGAGAGAGCGAGGACAGCGGCAGGGGGAGGAGGAGAGAGGAGGAGAAGCUGAAAGGACAAGGGGGUAACGCAACGGAGGGGAGCAGAGGAGACACAGAGGUGGAGGUCAGGAUGAUCGACUUUGCCCACGUUUUCCCGAGCGAGAGCCACGAUCACGGCUACAUCUAUGGUCUCAAGCACCUGCUGACAGUGCUGGAGCAGAUCCUCUGUGAGGCCGUCUAGAGCUCUCCCUCCUCCCUACCUUCUCUGGAUCUCCUGACCUGCUCAGUAAACCACUGUCUCGCCCCGUCAACCCCUUCUUUCUUCUCAAAAGAUAGAAACCUUCCGAGGAGAGAGGGAAGAAUCAAAGAAGUGAAUAUUAAAACAGAAUCAUCAUCAUCUCACCUGAUUGUGAUGGUUGGUCAGUCGUGUGUAUGUUUGUGUGUGUGUUUCUGUGUGUGUGUGUGUGUGCGCGUGUGUGUGUGUGUGAGCAAAGUGGAGGUAGUAGAGGCUGAAAGCUGUGUUUUCCCUGUGAUCAGCAGCACUACAUGCACUAAUCAUUCCAUGAAGGCAUUACGACCCUGUACUUAAACACAACAUCUUCAGCUGCAUUUACUGAUGCUCGGACGAGUCUUCACUUGACUUCACCUUUAGUCCAUCUGAGUCAUAGAAAAGAGUUCCACCAACAUCAUUUUAUGCAAUGGCCACUGAAAUUAGCUGCUAGCUUUCUGUUAAAAUUGUAUAUUGUUACACCUUAAAUUAAGGGUGGGCCGGGCAAUAUAAUAUACAUCAAAGGUGAUAGGAAGUAGUCAACCACCAGAGAUUUGGUGGGAGAAAGUUGAGCAUCAAUGUAAUACAGUACCUUGGUUUUUCAGUCACGCAAUUCACUAAAUUAACCUAAAAUGUACUAUAUCUUGACAUACAUAUAUAUAAGUGCAGUAUAAAAAUACUUGCACUGUGAUAUUUAUAUAUUUAACCCCUACCUCAAAUAUAUUUUGACAAAACAAUUACAACUCAAGGUCCACUCAUGUACCCCUUUUCCACCAAGGCAGUUUGACAGUGACGUAGUCUGGCUCUCUAGCCUAUGGAAAAGCAAACUGGUUCUUACAAGGUUCACAAGUUGAACCAACUCUGAACAGGAGCUAGCACCAGCCCAGAGUUAGCACUAUUUUGCGUUGGUGGAAAGGGGGUAAUAGGGUUUGCUCAGCUGUCACUGUGAUGGGCCUGUUGACUCCACUGCCUCUGUUACAUUUUUGGCAUCUAACAUUUUAAGCGCAAACUCGGAAUUAGAAAUGGAUCGGGAUUUAUGUGGCUGAUACAAUCCAUUAUAUAUAUAUAUUUUUUUAAAGUUAGAUUAAAAAUAUUUUUUUUCUGUCGAAGUCAAUCAGUGAGCGAGAUUUGAUGAUGACGUGCUAUUGGACUAUGCCGUCUGCCUAAAAACGUAAACUGUUAUACAUAGCACAAUUAAAUUCAUUCUGAUACAGCACUCAAAACUUCUUUCUUUUAUCCUGGGCAUCUAGCUAAUGCUCAUUCACAGCGUCGUGUUGUCUAGUCUUACUUCCAGGUCGUCAAAUACCCACGUUUUGAUAACCUGGGAGCAGAACACCGCCUGUUUGUUUCCAUUUACCAUAACCCAAAGCGACGGUAUAUGACGACCUGGGAAUGAAGCUCAGCAAUCAACUAUGUUUCUCCAGAAAGACUGACCCCUUUAACUGGAUGCGGUUCAUUUAGGUUUACUUGAACCAUGUCAAAGUACAAACAAGCCAGGGCUGAGAAACAGAAUUCAUUGGGCUCCCUCGAAACCAACAGUUCAGUUAGGAUUCAGGAUGGCCUUUUGAGGGUUAAACUGUGGGCAUUGGGUAAAAAACUAUAAGUCUGCAGAGUGUUGAGGUUUAAGUCGGGUCGUCAUUUUUUUUGUUUAACCACUGUCUACAGGUAUCUAACUCAGGUAAAUUUACUGUAAGAAAAAAUGCUUAUUAUUACUACUAUUCUCCUCUCAGCAAGAUGAUCCUCAUGCUGUCUGGUUGUUUUAUAUAGUCUUACUCAAUGUGUAUCUUAUCUCAUGAUUGACCUUAUCUCAUCAAUGUUCAUCUUGAGUCAUGAGUGCUUAACCUUACAAUGACCUUACAUGUUGUGUUAUCUUAUGCCAUGGCUGCUUUAAUUGUUGUACAUGUUGGGCUGCCAAAUCACCUCUCCUUUCUGAAGCCCGUGCUCUCUGUUGUGUUUAUCCUGGUUAUUUGGUGCCCCUCUCCCCCUUUUCUGCCCUAGUUUUAGGAACGAGAUUAUAUUGUUGCUGAUAUAUUGCUGCCAUUCCUUGUACUUCCAGUUUUUUCUUUUAGAAAACUAUACUUAUAUCAAAAGGUAGUUCUUUGCUCAUGAGUGUGUGGGGCUUCAGUGCCAUUGCUCUAGCAGUAGACAUGAGGUAUUCUAUCAUUUUAAGUUAUUUUAUUGUAAUUAAUUGAUUUAUAAUUGGACAAAAAUAGGAACAUCAACCAUUCCCCCAAACUCUGAAGAGAUGAUUGUUUGAGAGUUUUAUUUCCUUGUAAUCUGACAGAAGCGACACACUAUAUGACCCAUGACGUGCUAUGAUUAUAUUUAUAUGAUAUAACUUCCCUAUGGAUUUAAAGAUUGUAGUAAAAGAUAUAUUUGAAACAUGCUGCUUUAAUGGAGUCAGCUGACAGACUCACCAGAGAGUGACAAUGCUUAAGAAAGAAAGACAGCGACUGAAUGGUUUCAUGUUUUAUUUUUUGUUUAUUUUUUUAGGGGGUAGAAGGGGGGGUCCUUUUUGCGUGGUGCAGAUAGGCAGAAAUGGACUCAUCAGUACUGGUUGAUAGUAAAACAGAAAUCAGCAAGUCCUUCUUAUAGUAAUCUCAGUUGGAGACGAGUCAUAUCUGCUAGGGUUGACUGACAUGGGUUUUUAGGCUGAUAAAGCUGCAGCUAUUCUGUAUACAUUGGUAUAAUGUGUUCUGUCAAAGGUUUAGUGAAACUGUUUAAAGACCAAAGCUUCCAACUGAAACCGAUGAUAUUCAUUUAGCUGACUUAUAGAAGCCUUAAGCAGCUUUGGCCCCAACACAUUUUUUGUCUUGUCUCCAGAUAACAAAGUGUUAAAUUGCAAUCAUGACUUCAUUAUCUCCUUAUGUCCAGAAAACAGAUUGACCCUUCCUAAGCUCCGCCCCUUCUUCCAGUAGCAGUUGACCUCUGUAAGAACCUCAGUCAACUUCCUCCUUUCCUGUACUCAGAUAUGCUAUGUGCUAGGCUAAUCUACAACAACAACAACCACAUUUUGAAGAUGGUCAGAAGAUAGAAGCGACAUGUAGUCUCAUCUUAAAUUAGAUAACGUUAGCAAAAAGAGCGAGCUAGCUAGCUAAUCUACAUCAAUUGUUAGCUAGCUAGUUAGCUAGUGUUUCACUCAUCGACAUAUAAAAGAUCUCCUCUUCCUCUGUACAAACAUUACACCACAAUAUCUCCGAUAUGGCCACUGACAUCUUGAACCACCUACAAUGACAGAAACCAUCUUUGUGAAAAAUCUAUUUGAUGUGUAAUUAGAUUUUUUUAGUUUGGCCCAUGUCCCAUCUGCUAACAUGGAGGCAACUGACUUUAUGACCUAUACUGCAGUCAACCACCAGAGGGCGAUCAAGAUGUUUUGGCCUCACUUUUGGAGAGCUAAAACAUUUUCCAUCUUUCUGUCAGUGGUUUCACUACAUAGCAAAACGCUAGUAAAAUCAUAAACCAAAUCAAUAAAUGAUCAAUAUGUUGCAGGGCCAGACAGCUUGUUAGAAUCUUCACUAAUGCACCACGAUAAACUAUAAUAAUACUAUAAUAAUAUCCAGCCCUGCUUUCCAGUGUGAUGACAGCAAAUGUGUCUUUACACACUAGGACAAAUAAGACAUUUUAAUGAUUUGAUAAGUCAGCUCAAGAUGGUGGACUGUGUGUUUUUAAGGUCAUUUGCGGAAAAUUGUUUUAUCAUCUUUAAAUUCUAAGCGGCUGUUUUCAUCCCACUGUCUGGUCUUAAGGUGUCUGUACGGGUUUGCUGACUCCUCUGUCUGCUCUCUACACUAACACUGGAGCUGCUUUAAAAUGUGAUGUUUAAUCUCCAGUACAAGCCCACUUUUAACCAAUAAUAUGCAGAGGCCUCUUUAGUUUAUGUAGCGUGUAAAAUAUGAAUAUAAUGAACAAUAAGAAGCUCCUGAUCUUUUGUAAAUUAACUCGAUUAGAUGUAUUUUAAUCUGAACAGAAAGAGACCGUGAACUAUUGGAAUAUAAUAUUUUCUAUAACAUUGUAUUGUUUUGUUUUAAUAAACUUGAUCCUUUGUUUGAAAUAAUCAACGUGAAAGUUAAGGAGUCAUUUAAAGGAUGUUUACAGGGGUUAGAGGAUUGAGUUUUUUUUUUUUGAUCACUGCCUUACUUUCUGUUGAUGUCUCCAUGUCUCUGUGUUUUGAAUAUUGAUUAUUGAUCAUUCCGGCAGCUUUGUGAAUCUCCUCCUGUUGUGUCAUGGCUAACUAACCGAAACCAUAUCAUGCAUUUGUAUACAGGGCAUUGUUGAUGGCAUUGCUUUAAUAAUUGACUCACAGUGAUGCAACCUUUGACCUAAACUCCCUUCAAUGUUACUGAGACAUUUGAUUUCAGUGUAGGUGGGCACAUUUACCAACAGCACAUUCAACAGGUUCCCUUAUACUGAACUUUAGAAAUAUUAUCAGCACCAAUGUUUUAGUCUAUUUAAAUGUUUCCCUGUUGGACCACUGACAUGUUUUGCAUGUUUAUCUCAUUUAUUACAUUACAGGAUUCCUUCUUUACAUUACAGCCAAUCAACUGAAGCAGAGCAGAGUGUUUUAGAUUGCUGAAUAUGUUUUUCAUUGAUUUCCAUCCCACAUUGUGUCUGCCUUUUACAAUCUUACAGUCAAAUGUCUCAGUCACUGGAUUACCACAACAGUAACAUCACAAUCAUAGAAGCAAGAUGUCCACAGCGGAACCUGCAGUGUUCCAUCUGAAUAAUGAACCCUUCCUAGGCCCCGGCCGGAAACUGGUCCACUGUCUCCUGUCCUGUACGUAGAUACAUAGAUACAUAGAUACGUAGAUACGUAGAUACAUAGAUACAUAGAUACGUAGAUACAUAGAUACAUAGAUACGCUGUGUGCUGUGUUGAAGAUGGUUGGGUUGAGUUACGUUAGCUUAUGUUAGAAAAGGCUUUGCUAACUAGCUAGAAAAUCUACAUCAAUCAUGUGCUAGCUAAUUUUGCAAACAUAUCAGAGAACAAGCAAGCUAACGAUUAAUGCAGAUUAGUUAGCUAGCAUUUUACUCUGCAGCGAAUGCUAACCAGCCACCUACCUAGAACUAAUGAUUGAUGUGGAUUAGCUAGCUAGUCUUGCGUUUUGCUAACAUUAGCUAACUUGAGAUGUGAUUUUAUAUAUAUAUAAUAUAUAUAUAUAUAUAAAUUAUAUAUGUAUUAUAUAUAUAUAUAGGUUUCUUUUAUCUUUUCAACAUAGAUUAGCCUAGCACAUCACAUAUCUAAGUACAGGAAAGGAGAAAGUUGACCGAGGCUUGCCGCCCUGGUAUUGGAGGACAGAGCAAAAAGGGGGCGGGACUUAAAAAGGGUCCAUUACAAUUUACAGUGUAGGCCUUGGAAUUAUAUGAAUUGGUAAAAUAAUCAAUUAAAAAAACCUCAGUCAAACAGAUGAACACAUUUGUAUUUAAAUGAUACAGUAAGAGUGUAAUGAAUAAUAAAAGGUCAUUAGAAUUGCCAGUUAGUCAUUUUGUUACCUUAUUCUGUUGCUUUUAAAAUGUAAAAUUAAAUUGCAACAUGAAUUGUAAAGACUUAAAUUUUUAUUGUUUUUCUAUUUAUUUAUUUGUCUGCCUAUCAUAUGGACUUGACAUUCAUACACUGAUGGCAGACGGCUGCUGUGUGAGGUACCACACUACUAUGUGUGUAUACAACACUGAUGAAAUGACAAGUGUAAAUGUUACAGCAGGAAAUAUGGUGAAAUGUAAUAUGGUAGGCAGACACACAAGGGGACAGAAAAAUUAAAUCAAUUAAAGACAGAAUAAGUAUAUAGAAUGAUUGAUUCAUUUGGUGAUUAAAACUACUUUUUAAUUGGAAUUUUAUUAUGCAACAUUUUAAUGUGAAUCAGUUGAUUAGAAUUAAACUCUUAGGCCUAUGCUUAUUUGAGUUGCUUAUUACAGUGAAGUGGACAGACACCAAUGGCUGUCUAGAGAGCAUAAGAUAAAAUUCAAAGUAUAUGUAAUUUGUAAUGAAUGAGUUAAAACAUGCAUACUAAUGUGGUUAUUUAGACCUUAACCGGCCUCUACUGCAGCCUGAGCUGCAACAACACAGACCUGUCCCACACUCCCCAACCACCAUGUCACUUUAAAUGUAAUAUUUUAACCCAAAUGGAACUAGAAUGUGUAAAAUGUGGAUAACUGGACUGUCAGGAAGAUUUUCUGUCUGUUCAUCUUGUGAAGAGUGACACUGCCCACCUGCUCUGCCUCGAAAUGUCUCAGUAUAAUGUCUGGAUGCACCUUUAUCCAUACUGGAAACUGAUGUGACACAAUUUCUGGUGAUACCUAGAGUCUAGUUGUAGAACAUUUACUAAAUAUCUGUCCUAUCAGAAUGGACCACACUGACUGGGCCAGACUCACUCAUGAAUAUAAAACAUGAGCAGAUGUUCAGCUGUGGUUCUGGUAUUUAUGCUUCUGUUUUUCUGAUGAUUCGGAUGCAAAAUGUCAGAUUAGAUGAGAGUCAAAGUGAAUCUGUUGGCUCUGGCUGUAUGUCACUCUCUUUAUGUGCUCCAUUCAUCUGUUUACAUUUCAGUUGCUCUCAUGGCUAAGAACAGGAUUUCUGUUCUCUAUCUCCAGGACUUUAACAGGUUGUUAGCUGUAAGUUUGUUUAUCUUUUGUUUUUAUUUGCAGAGUAAUGGAAUGGCCCAUUUAUGACUCCUGUUUUACAGAUUUGUUUCUCCUUUGAACAAAAUACCCAACCAGUCACUCUCCAUUGAAGGACUAUACAAUAGUGUGAUAUGUUUUCAACCAUUAAUCAAUAAUCAUGUACAUUACUGCCAGCCAUUUUCAAAGCAUGCUGUACACUGCAAAAUCUCAUUAUCAGUUAUAUUAAAUGAACUCUUCUUUCAGCAGCAUCAUUAGAUACCGUAAUCAUGUAGUUCUCACAUUUAGUCACUGUCACUCGUCUAACUUGAAAUGGUGAGUUGACUAAAUAUCCAGCUGAUUCACUCACAUUAAUUGUUGGUUGUUCAAAAACAUUGCAUUUGCUUUCAAAUCUGCAGGAAGUUUUUUUUCAUCAUUUGAAGAAAGUUACAUGAUGGAUGCUGUGGUAUCAUGAACAAUUAGACUUGUUUUAAUGACAAAACAAUGUAAUUGACCCUUCCUAAGCCCCGCCCCUUUUGGAACCUCAGUCAACUUUCUCCUUUCCUGUACUCAGAUAUGCUAUGUGCUAGGCUAAUCUAUGUUGAAAAGAUAACUACAUUUUGAAGAUGGUUAAGAAAUAAAAGCAACAUACAUAGUCACAUCUCAAGCGUUUUGCUAACAUUAACAAACUAUGUAUUUUUUUAGUGUGGUUGUCUUUUCAGCAUAGCAUAUCUAACUACAGGACAGGAGGACACUGGCUGAGGAUUGAUCCUUGCUCUAUUAUUGGAGCACAGAGCAAAAAAGGGGCGGGGCUUCUGAAGGGUCAUUUGGAAAUUAAGCCCAAUUGGAAAUUGCAUAUUCCAAGUCGGUUAGAGUAAAUAUACCAAAGUGAAAAUUAAAAGUUGUGGCUUAAAACUACAAGUUACUGAUUUGGAGGACUUUUGUUUCCUUGAAAUAUUGACUUUUCCUUAAUUUUUUUCUUUUUACAGUGUACGUUUUAGAUUGAUAUCCUUACUUUAUUUCAAAAUAUUUCGAAAAUCAUCUUGCAGAGAUGUAUUGUAUGAAGUUAUUUAAAUAUUUCUUUACUUUUGAGUUGCAGUAAUACAGGGUUAAAUACUCCAAAAGUUUUUCAUUCAAUUGUGAUUUUAUCACGUUAUCGCUAUUAACUACCUUUAGAAGAGUCACAAAGGAGAAACUACUGUAAACGCUGCAGCACAUUCAGAGUAACUGCAAUUUUCAUGGAUCAGUCUAAAACCUGAUGGGAUGCUUUGAAAAAUGGACAGCAGUAAUCAGAGUAAAUGGGGUAAAACAUUCAAAGCCAAGUGUGUUUCCUCAAUGGGGUCUAGGAAGGAAAGGGAGGAAGUCAUAAUGGGCCACUAGCGUCUUCUCAGCCAAUCAGAAUCCUUUGCUUUCAGAUAGGACUACAACUGAAACCCUUUGACUUUCCUUGGGUUUCAUUCUAAAGCUCCUAAUGCUGCAUUUGUCAUAUGGGAAGAACCAUCUCAAGAGUUCAAACAAGCUCACACAAUAAAUCAUAUCUUUCACUACAUCUAUCAGAGAUCUUCACUAACCUAAGCUGUAUUCACCAGCUCAAAGCUGCGUUUUUAGAAUAUCUGUACCGUUGACAAAAAGGCAGCAUUAGGGGAAGAAAAAGUCCACACACAAACUAAUUAUCUCUGCUUCUGAUUGGUUUAAUAUCCUCCAACCUUUCUUCUGGGUGAGAACUUUUGCUUCACUUAAGUGUCUUUGUGUGAUGGAAACUUUGAGGUGUAAAUGUACAGUGAUGCUGACUGUGGAAUGCUGUUGAGGUGGUGUAAAAGCUGAGCAGUGUGAAUGUUUGUGGCAUGGUGUUGUCGGGCUGCCGUCAUGAAAACAAAACCUGUUGAAGGACUGAAAGCCGACCAGGUCUGGUUCAGCUUCUCUUCCACUGUUGGAUUUCUGUGCUGACGAAGAUAUCCAACUCAAGUCCAACACGUGGAGUUUAGUGAGGAACUGGACCUGGUCUGCCCCUGUUGAGCCCUGUAAUGGAAACUGAGCUCUUAAACUCCUCAUUGUGGAUUUUGAAGAGUGUUUGAUAUACUGGAUUUAACGUCUAACAAAUGAGCCUGAAGCAGAACAGAAAAUAUCAUCAGUGUACAUAAAAAGAGGAAAGAGUAAAGUCCCUCUACAACUACAAACCUGAUACUUAUUAUUUUUUCAACAAUAAAAAUAUUAAUCAAA